AUGAGAAUGUUUCGGGUGGAGGAUAGGAACCAUAAUUGGACCAUGGGUCAAAACCACGAUCUAAGGCUCCUCAUCACCCUUGAGAAUCGGGACAUCCUUGCCCUCAGGCAUCCUAACAACUUCACCGAUUGGAAAAUCACACCAUAUCUCUUCCCCAACUCCUUCUCUGAAGAGGAAGAAGAGGAAGAUGGAGACAGUGACGAGAGUGGCAAGGCGGCACAACAAAAUUCUCCUCCCAUGGGUAGUGCCAACUCAUCCCAUCAAGCUGGACACCUAUCCUAUCACCAAUAA